UUUUUUAACAUAGGUAAUGAUAAUAAUCCGUUUUUAAUAUAUGAAAAUUAUUUAAAAAUAAUCCAAGAAUUAAUAUCAAGGAAGAAAGUUUCUAAUUAUUUCCAAUUUUAUGAAUUUUAUUCGAAGUUUAUGAACGAAUUAUUCCCUAUAUUAUCAUUUAAAUAUCCCCAUUUAGUUAAAUUUACAGCCAGUUAUUUUAAUUUUGUCAAUUGGGAAAUUCCCUCGAAUAUUUUUUGGACUGAAAUAUCUGUUAUAUAGCUAUUUUCAUAACCCCAAGACCUAAAAUUAAUUUAAAGAAUUUCCAAAUUUUACAGGCUUUUUAAACAGUCACAAAAAUCGCAAAAAAUGUCGUCUUUGUAAAUUUUUAAGUUUCCGAAUUUCUCACAACCCCAUCUUCCUAAGUCUAUUUUUAAAGAUUUUAAAUUCAUUUUUUUUAGUGUCAAAAAUAGGUUUUUUAUCUCAUCUGAAGAUAAGUUUUUAUUAUAGUAACCCCAUUAGAAUAGAUUUAGGUCUAAAUAUUAUAAAUUUUACAUCUUUUAUAGCAUUUUUAUUAGUUAUUGUAUAGUUUAAUUCGUUAUGUCUUAGUUAUUCUCACUUUAAGAAGGAAAAUGUAAACUUAAAUGGUGGAUUUAUGUAUAAUGAGUUGAUAAUAUAUCAAAUAAAAUUUCUAUUUAGGAACUUAUGAAUUUAUCUUUAUCACUUAAAGCUUUAGAACCAAUAUUUAUUGGGACAUGAAAUGUAAAUGAGUCAAUUUUGUUAGGUUUUAUUAAGAUUUCUUGGAUUUUCAUAAAUUAUUUUAA